AUGAAACAACCAGAAGGAUUUAUUGAAGCAGGGAAAGAGAAUUUGGUCUGCAAGCUGAAGAAAUCAAUUUAUGGACUCAAGCAAGCUUCCAGGCAGUGGUACAAGAAAUUUGACUCAGUGAUUUCCUCUUUUGGAUUCACUGAAAAUCUAGUUGAUGAGUGUGUUUAUUUAAAAGCAGUUGGAGAUCAAUUUAUUUUAUUAGUACUAUAUGUUGAUCAUAUACUUUUGGCUAGCAGUAAUCUAAAACUGCUAAAAGAUACCAAAAGCUUUCUGUUAAAGAAUUUUGACAUGAAAGAUCUAGGUGAAGCAUCAUAUGUACUAGGGAUUGAGAUUAAAAGAGAUAGAGCACAGAAACUGUUGGGAUUGUCCCAAGAACAUUACAUUUCUAAAGUUCUGAAGAGAUUUAGUAUGGAACAGUGCUCUGGAGGAGAAGUUCCAAUGUCUAAAGGUGACAAGCUCACAAAAGGUCAACAGCCACAAACUGAAACUGAGAAGGAGAACAUAAAGUCAAAGCCUUAUGCAAGAUUAGUUGGAAGCCUCAUGUAUGCUCAAGUUUGCACAAGACCUGACUUAGCUUUUGCAGUUGGGAUGUUAUCAAGGUUUCAAUCUAAUCCAGGUUAUGAACACUGGGUUGCAGAAAAAAAGGUGUUGAGGUAUCUACAUAAGACAAAGAAUCACAUGCUAGUUUACAGACAAGUCAAGGAUUUGAAGGUUAUUGGAUUUUCAGAUUCUGAUUUUGCAGGGAAUGACCCUGAUUCAAAGAAGUCCCCUUGUGGAUACGUGUACAUGCUAGCAGGAGGAGCUAUUGUUUGGAAAAUCAUGAAGCAGGGAUUGAUCACAACCUCAACCAUGCAAGCUGAGUACAUAGCAGUAUAUGAAGCAGUGUGUGAAGGGGUAUGGAUAAGAAAUUUUCUACAGCAAACUCAAGCACUCAGUCACAUUGUGGAAGACGAAUUGGAAGCUUUUUGUGACAAUGAGGCAGGUGUGUACUUCUGCAAGAACAAUAAGAGAUCUAGCAAUUCCAAGCAUAUAGAUUUAAAGUAUUAUAGUGUUAGGGAGAGGGUUAAAAAGGGUGAGUUAGUGAGUUGGAUCAACAUGUGCCUUCCCGGUGCUGAAUCUCGAGGAAUUAUAAAUGGUCACGACCCUCUGAUUCCGAUGCUAGAUGGAGGAGGAGACUAUUACAAUGAAGAUGAAUGCAUGACAAUGAUGUCAAAUAGGAGCGAAGGUGGGCGCAGCACUAGCUUCAUACAAAACCUCCGUCAACGUCUGCAGCAGCAGCUUCCCGCAGAAGGGUUUCUCCGAGGACUGCCACUAAGCGAGAUAGGAGAAGAGUUACGGUCGCUGAUAAAGGUUGGAGGUCCAAUAGUGAUAACAUCCCUACUUAUAUAUUCAAGGUCUGUAAUUUCAAUGCUCUUCUUAGGUCGGCUCGGAAAAGCAGAGUUAGCAGGAGGCUCAUUAGCACUUGGGUUUGGAAAUAUUACAGGCAUCUCAAUCCUCAGAGGGCUAACUACUGGUAUGGACCCGAUCUGUUGCCAAGCUUAUGGAGCUCAAAGAUGGACUGUUCUCAGCCAAACCUUCCAGAAAACCAUCUGUCUCCUUCUGUUAGUUUCCAUUCCCAUCUCAUUCGCGUGGCUCAAUAUUGAGCCAAUUUUUCUAUGGUUUGGUCAAGACCCACAGAUUACAAGAGUAGCUAGGGUUUACUUGCUUUGCUCAAUUCCUGAGUUGCUAGCUCAAGCUCACCUCAACCCAUUGAGAGUCUUCUUAAGAACUCAAGGCCUUACCGCCCCACUUACUUUAGCUGCAUGUUUCUCAGCCCUCAUGCACUUACCCAUCAACUAUUUUUUAGUCUCUUACUUAAAAUUGGGAGUGGAAGGCGUUGCUUUGGGACUUGCUUGGAACACUUGGAAUUUGAAUGUGGGAUUGGUGAUCUACUUAGUUAUCUCAAACAGAGCAUUAAAACCUUGGAGUGGAUUCACAGUUCUCUCUACUUUUCAGGGAUGGAGACCAUUGCUAAGUUUAGCACUACCCAGUUGCGUUUCAGUGUGCCUGGAAUGGUGGUGGUACGAAAUUAUGCUGUUCCUUUGUGGCCUUUUGAGUAACCCGCAAGCUAGUGUUGCAGCAAUGGGUAUUCUGAUUCAAACAACAGGAAUGUUAUACAUCUUUCCAAUUUCAUUAAGCUGGGCCUUGUCAACUAGGGUUGGACAUUCCUUGGGAGCGGGGCAACCGAGCCGAGCGCGAUGGGCUGCCAUAAUCGGUCUUCUUGUUGCGUUUGCGUUUGGGCUAUUCGCAUUUGUUUUCAUGACUUCUGUAAGAAAUGUGUGGGGGAUGAUGUUCACAAAUGAACCACAAAUUCUUGAACUGAUUUCAACGGCACUUCCAGUCUUGGGGCUAUGUGAACUUGGAAACACUCCUCAAACAGCUGCAUGUGGAGUCUUGACAGGUACUGCAAGACCUAAGCUUGGAGCGAGAAUUAACUUGUAUUCAUUUUACCUAAUUGGAUUGCCAGUUGCUGUCAUUGCAACUUUUAAAUACAAAGUGGGGUUUCUGGGGCUGUGGCUUGGAUUACUAUCAGCACAGGUUUCUUGUGUGUGCAUGAUGGUAUACACAUUGGUUCACACAGAUUGGAAGCACCAAACUAGAAGAGCUGAGGAGCUGACUCUGGAAGUGGAAGAGGCUAAGAUUGAAGACAAAGAUGACGAAGAAAGUGGCCUAUUAGCUCCUGAUCUUUGAGUCAACCAAAGUUUAAGGACUUCAGGUUAUAAUUUACAUAGUUAACCGAGUGUCCAAGUACAAAUUAGUGUUUUGGUCAAGAUAUCCCUUUUUUUCUUCAGCAUUGGGAAG